AUGCACGAAGCUGCUUUAUUUAUCAGGUGAACCCUUUUCCGGACUGCGCUGAGCACGGCAAAAACCUCAACUCUGCACCGGACACCAGCGUCCACCUUCCACCUGCAUACAGCCCCAGGCGGGGAGAAAACGGAGGGGGGACGAGCGCGGCGGGGGGUUUCUUUCCCUGGUGACAUUGUGAUUGUGGAAAGCGCCGCUCGUCACCGCGGACCUACGUGCCGCCCACCCCGCUCGCCAACUUCAACCUCAACACGCUCUUUUACCACUGCCGCGACUUGAGAAUGGCUGCUGCGAACUGGAAGUGCCAACUGCAGUAAACAGGGAACGAUCGAGAGGAAAGUUCUCCUGCAGGAUUUGCCGGGUUCCGCUCAGUGGCCAUGCGAGCCGGUGGAGUGCGGGCGCUCGCGGCGGUGCUUCUCGGAGCCGCGGUCGCCGUCGGGAGCGCGCACGGAACAUGUCUUUUUCAGGGAUCCCUGUUUGCGAACAACUCUUCCUGGAAGCCAGACUCUUGCCAAGAGUGCACCUGCUUCAGUGAUAUUGUGAUCUGCCAGGCCUCUCUGUGCCAGAACCCCCAUUGUGAUUUUCAGAAGGGAGAACGCUUAAGAAUACCUCCCAACAAAUGUUGUCCAGAAUGUUUUCCUCAAUCCCAAGGCUCUUGUCAGCAUGAAGGAGCUGUCUAUGGGAAUGGCAGUCAAUGGAGCGGCUCCAAGUGCUCGCUCUGUGCCUGUUCUCAAGGGAAAGUGUCCUGUGGCCCCGUGCCCUGCCCCCCACUCAGCUGCGGGAGGGACGAGACCCUCUCCACCACCCCUGGACAAUGCUGCCCCAAGUGCCUGCGCAAAGGAGCAUCCUGCUUGUUGGAAGGGCAGGAGCUCAGGGACGGGGAGGAGUGGCAGCCAACACCGUGCACUAAGUGUGUCUGCAACAUGGGAGUGACACAGUGCUCGGUAGUGGAGUGUCAACCCGUUGUGUGCAAGCCGCACGAGAACCUGGAGAUCCCGCCAGGAAAGUGCUGCCCUCAGUGCGUGCCAAACUCUUGCUUGGUGGCUGGACAGGCCUUCAAGCAUGGGGAGCAGUGGCAGAAGGACAGCUGCACUACUUGCCGAUGUCACCAGGGUCAGGCUCGCUGCCGCACCCAGACCUGUCCACCUCGCACCUGUAACAAGGGCCAGGUUAAGGUGAAGCGAGCAGGGCAGUGCUGCGAGGACUGUGUCUCGUCCAAAGGAAGCUGUCAGUAUGAGGGAACAGUCCGUUAUCACGGAGACAUGUGGAACAGCACGAGCUGCGAGUUCUGCCUGUGUGAAAGGGGGCAGGUGCUCUGUCAAAAGGCUGAGUGCAGCAUCCUGGAGUGCUCAUGGGGAGAAGAACUGAUUCACUUCCCAGGAAAGUGCUGCCCAGAAUGCAAAUCUGUGAGCACUUUCUGUGUGUACAAGGAGCAGGCAAACCAGAAUUUGCAGUCUGAUGUGAGGGUAGAGAAGCAUCUUGCAAAUCUGGAGAAGUGGCAAGAUGGGCCUUGCAGGGAGUGCGAGUGCAGAGACUCUCAGGUGACCUGCUACCAGAGAUCCUGCACUACAUGUCCCGCGGGCACAUUGGCAGUGACUAAGGAUGACAGAUGCUGCCCACAGUGCCACAAGGUUCCGUGUCAUGCUGAGUGUCUGACAUGCUCCCAGACCCCAGAGCACUGUGACAGCUGUAAGGAUCCAAACUCCGUGCUUCACGAAGGCCACUGCCUGCAGCACUGUCCCAGGGGGUUCUACCGAAUUGGCAGGAUCUGUGCAGCUUGCCGGGAUGCAUGUGCCACCUGUGUGAAUGACUUCGAGUGCACAUCCUGUGGGGGCUCCCUGCUGAUGAGUGGCCAGCGAUGUGUGUCAGCCUGCGAGGUGGGCUUCUACCAGGAUCACAGCCAGUGUGCACGUUGCCACAGCUCCUGCUCCCAAUGUCAUGGGCCUGGACCAAGGGACUGCCUGUCGUGUUCUGAUCCUUCUCACCUGCUGAAAGAUGGGCUGUGUGUCAGAGACUGCGGCCCAGGUUUCUACAGCUCUAAAGGGACCUGUUAUGCGUGUGACCCCUCCUGUUUGACCUGUUACCCUGACAACCCAAGUUGUAUUAGCUGCCCCCCAGACUCGGCUCUCCAUCAUGGGAAGUGCGUUUCCCAUUGUCCACAGCAAUAUUUCAGGGAUCUCUAUGGCAGGUGCCAAGCAUGCCACAGCUCCUGUGUAGCCUGCUCCGGUCCAGCCGCGCUCCAGUGCACCCGUUGUCGUGAUGCUCUGGCCCUGCACCUGGGGCAGUGCCUGGACACCUGUGGAGAAGGCAUGUUCUCACAGGAUGGCAUCUGCCAAAGCUGUCACUUAUCCUGCCGAUCCUGUGUGGGGCCCAGGGACUCAGACUGCACGCGUUGCUUGAAGCCAGAGGAGGUGCUACAGCCCAAGCAUGUCCAGGUUGACCAUGGCACCUGUUUCUCCACCUGCAAGGCCCAGUUCUACCUGGACAUGGACCGUGUGUGCAGAGAGUGUCAUGGUACGUGCUUGCAAUGCACAUAUGGAAGUCAUCAGAACUGCACUGCCUGCAUCCCCCCACUUCACCUGCACCAGGGCCAGUGUCUCGAGAGUUGUCCCCAGGGCUUCUACAGCCAGGAUGGAGUCUGCUAUGCCUGCCACCCAUCCUGUAAAGACUGCUUUGGCUCUUCUGAAGCAGACUGCACAGCCUGCCUGUCCCAGUCCCAGCUGUCCAAUGGCCACUGCAGGACCAGCUGCCCCAAGGGACAGUACCUCAGAACUGUGGAAUACUGUGCUGAAUGCCAUAUGAGCUGCCAGCACUGUGUAGCUGAUGUGAGCAGUGACAGCAGCGUUUGUCUCUGGUGUAAGAGUCCGCAGAACUUGCUGCUGAGGGAUCGGUGUGUCCCUCGCUGCCCUGCAGGGUACUAUGAGAGCCAUGGAGCCUGUAAAAAGUGCCACUUCUCCUGUGAGAGCUGCAAUGGCGAGGACCCCUCCUCCUGUACUUCUUGUCCUCCCCCUAUGUUCCUAAGCCCCUCUGGCAUCUGUGCACCUAUGUGUCCUUCAGGAUACUUUGCCAACAUGGACCGAGUGUGUCAGGCUUGUGACAGCCAGUGUCUGACAUGUGAAAUGGCAGGAGUGUGCACGUCCUGCAGGAACCCAGCAAAAGUUCUGCUCUUUGGAGAGUGUCAGUACGAGAGCUGCGCUCACCAGUACUACCUCAAUUCCACCACUCGCACAUGCAGAGAGUGCGACUGGAGCUGCAAUGCCUGCAAAGGCCCACUGCACACUGACUGCCUUCAGUGCAUGGAGGGACAUGUUCUACAGGAUGGCGUGUGCAUCCAGGACUGUGCAGAAGGCUCCUACCAGGAGGGGGAUACCUGUCUAAGAUGUGAUGAGCACUGCGAGGACUGUCAGGGUCCAGGCCGGUGCAGGAGAUGCCAAAGGUCCUUUGUGACACUGAGAGGGAGGUGCCUUCGGGAGUGUGGGAGGGGCUUCUUUCUGGAUUCCGCUCUGCAACAGUGUACUGCUUGCCCAGCAGACUGUAUGGUAUGUGAGGGGAUUCAGCGAUGCAAAGCGUGUGGUGAGAACACCUUCCUCAAGGAUGGGCUGUGUGCUGCGGACUGCGGACGUGACUUUUAUGCCGAUGCAGUGAAUAGAAUCUGUCGAGUGAACCGCUAUGCACCAGUACUGCACGUGAAGAACUCCCUGCUGGUAGGGAUUGGCGGAACCAGGCCUCUGGACCUAUCCUUGAUGACGGCUCAGGACCCAGAUGGUGGUACAGAGAGCUUGAUUUUCAAGCUUAUCCAGACUCCUACUAACGGACGUCUUUUCUACCUUGUGGAUGGGAAAGAGGCAAGCUUGUACAAGGAGGACACCUUCACCUACAUGGAGCUCAAGAAUGGUGCCGUUCGCUUUUCCCAUAACAGGGAUAAGUCACAGCGUGGACACUUUGUAUUGCGGGCAGCCGACCCACAUCUUUCCUCUGAGCCGAAAACCAUCAAUGUCCAGGCAGUUUCACUGCAGGCCCCGCAUGUGGUGAUCAACCAGCCCGUGUUGGUGAACAGGGGAGAGAAGAUACUCAUUACAAGUUCGGUGCUGCAAAUUGAGGAUGACGACAACCCUCAGGAUGUGCUGAUCUCAGUGCAGGAUCCACCCCGACAUGGCUGGCUCGUACAUCUCCAUAGUAACCGGUCACUGCAACACUUCCGCCUGGAGGAGCUAGUCCGCGAACAGCUACAGUAUGUCCACGAUGGAUCAGACCAGCCACAGGAUAGGCUACUACUGCAGAUCACCGAUGGCUACAGUUACCAGAAUCUGCUGGUUCAUGUUCACGUGGCGGACACGACUGGUCACUCUGCUGAGAGGAUGUACCACCCUACUGCCUGGGUCAGAGAGGGUGGGAUGGUUCAGAUCACCAGAAACCACCUGAGACCCAAGAUUAUGGGCUCCGGUGACCCCCCGUUGCUCUACACCAUCACCCCUUCCAAAGAAAGCCUUAGAUAUGGUGAGCUGGUGCUACUGGUGCCCAUGCCAGCUGACGGGCCUGCAGAUGGGUGGCAGCGCUUACCCGAUGGCCGGGCCUCUGUCCCCACCAUCUCCUUCACUCAGCAGGAUGUUAAUGAGGGCAUCGUAUGGUAUCGGCACUUUGGUCCCGGGGCCAACAGGGACACCUUUGAGUUUCAGGUAUCAAGUGAGGACCAGCCAGACAUGCUCAGUGACAUUCAGACCUUCUUUAUUGGUGUGGUGCCUGAGAUCCCUGGCUUCCCCCGACUAGCCAAGGGGUCUGACCUGCAGAUCACAGCUCUCGAAGACCGUGUGACAUUACUAACCCCCUCUGCUCUCUCCUUUGUGGAUGAGGAGACACCGAGUGAGAAGCUAGUCUACAACAUCACCAAACUGCUGUCUAGGGAUCAAGGUACCAUUGAGCACAAGGACAGGCCUUAUAAGCCUGUAACUACAUUCACACAAGCAGACAUCAAUAGUGGCAAGAUUAUCUAUCGCCCCCCCUCAACCCCGCCCCAUCUGCAAGAACUCUACCCGUACUCCUUCCUAGGUCUACCUGAGUCUGUGAUCUUCAAUUUCACAGUGUCAGAUGGGGAACACACCACUCCGGAGAUACAGUUUGCUAUCCGCCUGUUGUCCAGUCAUCAACAGCCUCCCACCUUCCAGAUCCUGGAUCCAGUGCUGAGAGUCAGUCUGGGUGGAAGAGCCCCUGUGGGUGUUCAACAGCUGGCUGUGGCUGAUGCGGACACUGCUCCAGAUGAGCUGGAGUUCAUAUUGCUGGAAGCUCCUCAGCAUGGAUCUCUCCUGAAAGUAGACCAGGGUGUCCACAUUGAAAUGUUGAAUGGUGACCAGUUCUCCUUCAGUGACAUGACACGCAACAUUCUGCAGUACAAACAUACAGGUCUGACAAUGGAGGAGGACAGGAUGACAUUCACAGUGACAGAUGGUCUAUCUGAAGCAGAAGCGACGGUGCGGGUGCUUGUAAUGGGGGUGAGGGACGACGGGCCCCAGCGAGAUCCUGGGGCGCUGCUCUCUAUGGAGGUCCCUAAGAAGAGCAGCACCGUCAUCACUCGUGCCCACCUGGCUUACGUGGAUAACAGCUCCUCAGAUGAGCAGAUCCGUAUCCAAUUAGUCUCUGUUCCCAUGUAUGGCAUCUUGACCCUAGCUGAUUCUCCAUCACAUCACAAAGAACUGAUGAAGGACUCUUUCUUUACUAUGGAGGAUAUCAAUCAAAAGCAGAUACGGUAUGUUACAUCCUAUGAAACUGGAAAUCAUCCUGUCACAGACAUUUUUCUAUUCACCGUUUACGAUAAGGAGAACAAUCGUCUCGACAAUCAGAUGUGCACCAUAACCAUAACAACUGCACAGAAGCAGCCACCUGUGGUCACAUUCCGCAGCGGCAUCCAGGUGGAAGAAGGAGGCAAGGUGCAGCUAUCUGCUAAUCACAUCAUAGUGACAGACCCAGACACACCUAAAAAAGACCUUCUGGUGUGGCUGAUCAGCACCCCUAAAUAUGGCUUCAUUGAAAACACAAACCAAGGUGGGGAGACUGGUGGCUCUCGGGUCAUCACACAUGCGGUUCCCUUUUCUGUGGAGGACCUCAUGUCAGGCCACAUCGUGUACGUUCAGAAUGUCCUCCAGAAGCAGAAGCAUUAUCAAGAUACGUUUAGCUUCUACAUAAGUGAUGGAACAAGCGAGACGGAAGCUUUCAACAUUUACAUUGACAUCCAGCAAAGUAAAGAGGACAAAGUUCCAAUAAUUUCGGUGAGCAGCAUCCACGUGGAGGAGAAUUCUGGCGUGGUCAUCACCAACUCCACCCUGUCUGUCUUGGACCUCGACACUCCUAAGAACAAAAUUAUCCUUACCGUCCUCAAGAAGCCCACUUACGGGAAGCUACGGAGGCGGCAAUUCUAUUCACAGUCGCUGGAUAGUGGCCAUGUCCUCUCUCAGGGCUCUACCUUCACCUACCAAGAUGUUCUGGACCAACUGCUGGUGUACACUCCCGAUGGCCUGAUGGGGGGCACUGACGAGGUGCACUUCUCCGUGACUGAUGGACAGUACACUGAGAUGGGCCAGUUGGAGUUUACCAUGGAUGUGAAAAAGAGCGAGGGUCCACGGCUGGCUGUGAACCGAGGCCUUCAGCUCGCUGCAGGAUCCGCAUCUAAAAUCACAGACCAGCAUCUCAAAGGCACAGAUGUGGAUUCAGACAACCUGAAGCUUAGAUACGUCAUGACCAAAGAUCCUACUGCUGGAAGGCUCCAGUUGUCUAGAAAUGGAAAUAAGAUCCAAAUCUCAGUUAAAGGGCCUGUCAAAAGCUUCAUACAGGAGGAAAUCAACAAAGGAUUUGUGGAAUACCAGCAUGAAAAGGGAGCUAAAAGUGGCAGCAUUGAAUUCAAGUUUAAUCUCAUCGAUCCAGAAGGAAACAAACUGAUUGACCAGUCUUUCUUCAUCAGCAUACUUGAGGACCGACUGCCACCUUCGGUGAUGGUGAACAAGGGGUUGGUGCUAGAUGAGAACUCGGCAAAGAAGAUCACCACACUGCAGCUGUCAGCCACUGACCAGGACAGUGAGCCAGGGGAAUUGGUGUACCAUAUCACGAAGUCUCCACAACUGGGACACCUGGAGCAUGCUGCCUCACCAGGGACAUGGAUCAGCACAUUCACACAGGCUGACCUGGCUUCACGUAACAUUCAGUACGUCCACACGAGUGAGGAGGAGAAGCAUAUGGAUGACUUCAUCUUUACGGUGUCUGAUGGAAUUAAUGAGGUGGCCCAGACUUUUUACAUCACCAUUCAGCCUGUGGAUGAUUCAUUGCCAGUACUUAAGAUUCCAGGAAUGAGGGUACAGGAAGGCAUGAGGAAGACCAUCACUGAGUUUGAGCUGAAGGCUACAGAUGCAGAUACAGAGGUGGACUCCAUCACCUUCACCAUCGUGCAGGCUCCACGGCAUGGCACCAUCGAGAAGACACAUAAUGGACAGAACUACCGGCAGACCAACACGUUCACAAUGGAUGAUAUCCACCAGAAUCGCAUUAGCUAUAAUCAUGAUGGCAGCAACUCUCUGAAGGACCGCUUUACCUUCACCGUAGCUGAUGGUUUCAACCCUUUUUUUGUAGUGGAGGAGGGAGGUCAGGAGAUUGUGACCGCUGCUCCACAGAAGUUUAAGAUUGAAAUCCUUCCAGUGGACGAUGGCACACCUCGCAUUGUCGCUAAUCUCGGCCUGCAGUGGCUGGAGUACAUGGACAACAAGGCUACAAAUCUGAUUUCAAAGAAGGAGCUUCUGACAAUGGACCCAGACACCGAUAAUAACCAGUUGUUGUAUGAAGUCACCACUAAACCUAAACAUGGUUUCCUGGAGACCAAACUCAAGCCUGGCACUCCCAUCACUAGUUUCACACAAGCUGAUAUAAACUUGGGCUUAAUACGCUACGUUGUUAAUGAGGAGAAUAUCCAGCAAACCAUGGACAACUUCAAGUUUCUAGUGAAGGAUAGUAAACCCAACGUGGUCAGUGACAAUGUGUUCCACAUCCAGUGGUCUCUGAUCAGUUUUGAAUACACAAGCUACAAUGUGAGUGAGAAGGCUGGCUCCGUGGCUGUGACGGUCAAGAGAACGGGGAACUUGAAUCAGUACUCCAUCGUGCUGUGCCGAACCGAACAGGGAACUGCCACAUCUACCUCCAGCAUGGGGUCCCGGCCUGGGCUACAGGACUAUGUGGAGUACGCUGGUCAGGUGCAGUUUGACGAAAGAGAGGACACUAAGGUUUGCACCAUUGUGAUAAAUGAUGACGAGGUGUUUGAGAACAUUGAGAGUUUCAAUGUUGAGCUGAGCAUGCCCGUGUAUGCCUUGCUGGGUAAGAAUACUCGUGCCAAGGUCCACAUUAAUGAUACUGAGGAUGAGCCCACGUUACAGUUUGACAAAAAGGCCCACCAUGUCAACGAGAGUUCUGGCUUUGCCUUCAUUCCCAUUGAGAGGAAAGGUGACACCAGCAGCACGGUGUCUGCUCUGUGCUACACCGUCUCCAAGUCAGCUCAGGGCAGCAGUCUCUAUGCACUGGAAUCUGGCUCAGACUUCAAGAGCCGUGGGAUGAGCCGAGAGAACCGAGUCAUCUUUGGCCCUGGUGUCACCAUGUCCACUUGUGAUGUCAAACUGAUUGAUGACAGCGAAUAUGAACUUUCAGAGGAGUUUGAGGUGAUCCUCUCUGAUGCCUCUGACAAUGCACGACUGGGAUAUGUCACUGUAUCCAAAGUGGUCAUUGAUGGGCCCAAUGAUGCAUCCGCAGUGUUCCUAGGCAACAGCUCUUUUACAUUCAGUGAGGAUGCAGGGACUAUUGAGAUCCCUGUUCUAAGGCAUGGCAGCGACCUCUCGUCUCCGACCUCAGUGUGGUGUGCCACUCGCCCUUCAGACCCCCCCUCUGCCACACCGGGAGUGGACUACAUUCCCAGUUCUAAGAAGAUUGAUUUUAUGCCUGGAAAGAUGGAGGAGACCUGUAGCUUGACAAUAAAGGAUGACACUCAGAAUCCAACCAUAGAAGGUCCCGAGUCCUUUGUGGUCUUCCUUAGCUCAGCUCAAGGGGCUCUGCUUGUUGAACCAUUUGAAGCCUCCAUCAUCAUUGCAGACACCUUCCAAGACAUUCCCAGCAUGCAAUUUGAGAAAAACACAUACACGGUGAAGGAGAAUGAUGGUAUACUUCACCUUCCUAUCAUCCGAACGGGAGAUCUGACUUUCAAAUCCUCAGUGAGGUGUUACACUAGGACCAUGUCUGCCAUGGUAAUGGACGACUUUGAGGAGAGGACAAACACUGACAACUCAAAGAUCACCUUCCACAAGGGGGAGAAGGUGAAGAAUUGCACUGUCAGGGUCAAUGAUGACUCUCUAUUUGAACCUGAAGAGGAGUUCCAGGUACACCUAGGGAGUCCCCAGGGUGACCACUGGAGUGGGGCCAUGGUGGGCAGUAAUGAUAUUGUUACUGUGACCAUCACUAAUGAUGAGGAUGCUCCUACGAUUGAAUUUGAGGAGGCUACAUAUCAAGUGAGGGAACCGCCAGGUCCAGAUGGCAUUGAGGUGCUGAACAUAAAAGUCAUACGCCGAGGUGAUCAGAAUCGGACAUCGAAGGUCCGCUGCAGCACAAGAGACGGCUCAGCCCAGUCUGGUGUGGACUAUAACCCCAAGAGCAGUGUGCUAAAAUUUAGUCCUGGUAUGGACCAUACUGUCUUCAAGGUUGAAAUUCUAUCCAACGAGGACCGUGAAUGGCAUGAGUCUUUCUCAGUAGUCCUCAGUCCUGAUGACCCUGUAGAGACAGUGCUUGGACAGGUCACGAUGGCAACUGUGACUAUAAUUGACCAGGAGGCUGCAGGGAGUCUUAUCCUCCCUGCCCCACCCAUAGUGGUGUCUCUGUCAGACUAUGACUAUGUCCAAGAGGUGUCCAAAGAAGGCAGUAAGAAGUCUCCUUCUCCAGGAUACCCUCUCAUCUGUGUGACCCCAUGUGAUCCUCACUACCCAAAGUACUCUGUGAUGAGGGAGCGAUGUGAGGAGGCAGGGAUCAAUCAGAGCUCUGUUCACUUCAGCUGGGAAGUUGCAGCCCCAACAGAUGCCAGUGGGGCAAGAUCACCAUUUGAGACGGUGACUGACAAUACCCCUUACACCAGCGUUAACCACAAGGUCCUGGACAGCAUCUACUUCAGCCGGCGCUUCCAUGUGCGUUGUGUAGCUCAAGCCCGGGACAAGGCUGGGCACCUGGGCACCCCAUUGAGGAGUAACAUUGUUACCAUUGGCACAGAAGGUUCUAUUUGCCACACACCAGUCACCACAGGAACUGCCCGCGGAUUCCAGGCCCAGUCCUUCGUUGCCACCCUCAAGUACCUGGAUGUCAAGCAUAAGGAGCACCCCAACAGGAUCCACAUCUCAGUUCAGAUUCCUCACCAAGAUGGUAUGCUCCCCCUCGUGUCCACCAUGCCCCUGCACAACCUGCACUUCCUUCUUUCUGAGUCCAUCUACCGCCACCAGCAUAUCUGCUCCAAUCUGGUCACCUUCAGAGAACUACAGGGCAUCUCUGAGACAGGCUUCCUGGACGAUAUGCCCUAUGACAGUAUUGCUCUGGGUCCUGGCUAUGACCGCCCUUACCAGUUUAACCCUGCUGUUAGGGAUCCUAAGACCAUUCAGCUCUACAAGCACCUCAACCUAAAGAGCUGCAUCUGGACCUUUGAUGCAUACUAUGACAUGACCGAGCUUAUUGAUGUUUGCGGUGGCUCUGUGACCGCUGACUUCCAGGUGAGGGACUCCGCACAGUCCUUCCUGACAGUGCAGGUGCCACUCUAUGUAUCCUACAUCUACGUGACAGCGCCCAGAGGCUGGGCUUCUCUGGAGCACCACACAGAGAUGGAGUUCUCUUUCUUCUACGACACGGUGCUGUGGAGGACAGGCAUUCAGACAGACAGUGUGUUAUCUGCAAGGCUGCAGAUUAUCAGAAUCUACAUUAGAGAGGAUGGACGGCUGGUGAUUGAGUUCAAAACUCAUGCCAAAUUCAGAGGUCAGUUUGUCCUUGAGCACCACACCCUUCCCGGUCACAGGUCACACCUCAUGGCUCCUGAUCACCUGGGAGGCAUUGACUUUGACCUGCAGUUGCUGUGGAGUGCCCAGACAUUUGACUCCCCUUACCAGCUGUGGAGGGCCACCAGCUCUUACAGCAGGAAGGACUACUCUGGGGAGUACACAGCCCUCCUCAUUCCCUGCACAGUGCAGCCCACCCAGUCGUGGACUGAUCCAGGGGACAAACCCUUGUCCUGCACAGCACAUGCCCCAGAGAAGUUCCUGGUGCCUAUUGCCUUCCAGCAGACUAAUCGCCCAGUUCCUGUUGUCUAUUCCUUGAACACCGAGUUCCAGCUCUGCAACAACGAAAAAGUUUUCAUGAUGGAUCCUGCUAAAACUGACAUGUCCAUGGCAGAGAUGGAUUACAAAGGAGCCUUCUCUAUGGGCCAGACUCUUUAUGGUCGUGUGCUUUGGAACCCUGAGCAAAACCUGAAUGGGGCCUACAAACUCCAACUGGAGAAGGUGUACCUGUGCACGGGCAGGGAUGGCUAUGUGCCUUUCUUUGAUCCUACAGGCACCCUGUAUAAUGAGGGCCCACAGUAUGGCUGCAUCCAGCCAAAUAAGCACCUGAAGCACAGGUUCCUGCUACUGGAUCGAAAACAACCUGAGGUCUGUGACAUAUAUUUCCAUGAUGUCCCCUUUGAGGCCAGUUUUGCAUCGGAUAAUCUUGAUCUGCAAUCCAUGACAGCGAUGCCUAGCGUGGAUGGAUUCACAAUGAAGGUUGAUGCACUUUAUAAGGUGGAAGCAGGGCAUCAGUGGUACUUGCAGGUGAUUUAUGUGAUUGGGCCAGAGUCCAUUGCUGGUCCAAGGAUUCAACGCUCGCUGACGUAUCAACUGAAACGCGGUCGCCGGGACCUGGUCGACAGGACAGGACGUCUGACGCUGGAUGAAUCACUGAUCUAUGAUAAUGAGGGUGACCAGGUUAAGAAUGGCACCAAUAUGAAGACGCUGAGGUUGGAGCCCUCGGCCACGUUCAGCAAUCAAACGGGGGGCUCCGUUGGCGGUGGGGUGGCUGCUAUCACCUUGCUCCUGAUGGUCUUGCUGGCUUCCUGCUUUCUAUUCAAAAAAUGCAGACGGAAAGGGAAGAAGAGGUCCUUGAAAAGUGUUGCUGAGGAGUACCCUCUCAACACUAAGGUGGACAUGGGCAUCAGGAAUGUGGAGCAGCUGGAGAAGAACUCCAGCAGUAAGCACUGCACCGUGACAAACAUCAACAUCCUCAACAAGAACCAGGAGGCCUGCAAGGUCAACAGUGUCAAAGUAAAGCGAGUUAACUUGGAGGUCAAACUGCAAAACAACUUAAACGACGGCACAGAGGUCUGACGAUAAAUAAGAGUAUAUUUUGAAAAUCACAUUUUGUACCCUUGUUUGUAAUAAAAAAUUAUUAUUGUAUUUUUAUACAACCAUGAAAAGGGAAAUGUGCUGGUCAUCUUUGCUGCAUGAGUCAUUUCACAACUGAGCUACCUCACAACAGUAAUGGACUUUAGUCUGAUUCAAACCAUAUGAUGACAUUAUGGCUGGUAUCUUCAGUUUAACAUUUUAUACAUAAUCUCAUGCUUCAAAAAUACCUACUUGUUCAACUUUUCAGAUUUAGCUGGAGGUUCAACUAAGAUUGACAGAACAGAUUGUGGUAGCUCAUUCACUGGUUUGUGUUUGCCUGUUUUCUAAUUCAGUUCAAUUCAAUUUAUUUUUAUUGCGCGCUCUUCUCACCCAGCAACACAGCACUUGAACACAGGCAUAUGGCAAAGUAUUCUAAGUAUUCACUGAUCCAGUUGCAGAGUCUUUUUAUUACUGUACAGCAACUGUAGUUGAUGUAAGUAUUAAGCACACAGUAAACUGCAAAAUGCUUGUGGCUGUUUGAGCUGUGUAUGUAUCUAUUAAAGUGCAAUUACUUAAUGGUAGUACAAUGUAAGUAUAGACUCAGUAUCAGGAAAACAGUUAAUCUAAUCAGCUUUGUUUUUACCACAUUUGUUCUUACCUGAUGGCUCCUCAGGGAGCUUUCAUUCAGUAUUGUGCACAUUUCCGGAUAACAAAUCAUCCAAAGUGAUUUUAUAAAGUUAAAAUAAAUGUUGGUGUUUACUGUAAUAUCCAGGAUAUAGCAAAAUUAGAAUGGUUCUGUUUCUCUACCGGUGCAACAUAACUCACCAUAAAAUGACAUAGCCUUGGGAAAACUUGGUAUUUUACUUUAAAUUUUUAAACAUCAGUGUUGUACAUCAUGGCACAUCUCUGGUAUGUAUCUGCAUUUUGCUAAAACAAAUUAAAUGGGCCUUAAAGUCUUUGCUAGCAUUUUAUAAUUGUUCAUAUUCAUCUUUUCACUAAAAAUAUUGCGCUUGAGACCGGUUCUUUUUUUUGCAUUAUAUAAAAUAUUUUACUCAUGUAUGAUGUAUAUUGUUUUUUUUUUUCUUUCCAUAGCCUGAAACAAUGGUGGAAGUAUUAUGGUGCUGAGUAAGAAUCAAUGCAAUAUUUAAAUACAUUAAGGAAAACCAAUUAAAUAUUUCCAAAGCCUUGAAUGUACUGCAAAGUAUUAAUUAGAGGUUGUGUUGUUAGGCUUCAGUUCACUGUCGGGCAUAUCUACCACUAAAGAGAAUACAGUUUGGAAAGUACCACUAUGUUGUUGGUAGUAUCACUUUUUGAAAUUUCACAAUGCUGUACGUAUGAUGCCUGUAUUCUGUGCCUUUUGAGUAAUAAAACACAAAAUCCAU